AAUCGCCGUGUUCUGGGGUCUGACUUAGGUUUUAGCCUAGCGCCCCCUUCCCCAUCCGCGCCGGUCGCCUGGGUCUCACCCACUCUCCCCUCUCCACAGCUACGUCUCAACAGCAUCAAGAAACUCUCGACCAUCGCCUUGGCCCUCGGCGUGGAGAGGACCCGGAGCGAGCUCCUGCCUUUCCUCACAGAUACGAUUUACGAUGAGGACGAGGUGCUGCUGGCUUUGGCUGAACAGCUGGGGACCUUCACCACUCUGGUCGGGGGGCCCGAAUAUGUGCAUUGCCUACUGCCCCCCCUGGAGAGCCUGGCCACGGUGGAGGAGACGGUCGUGCGGGACAAGGCGGUGGAGUCGCUGCGCGCCAUCUCCCACGAGCACUCGCCCUCGGACCUGGAAGGCCACUUCGUGCCCCUGGUGAAGCGCCUGGCAGGGGGGGACUGGUUCACCUCCCGCACCUCGGCCUGCGGCCUCUUCAGCGUCUGCUACCCUCGCGUGUCCAGCUCGGUCAAGGCGGAGCUGCGGCAGUCAGUGGUCCCCAACGCGGUGCCUGCGGGCACCAUGGGGGGGGCCGGUCCCGGUGGGGGCUCCGGGUUCCCUCACUCAGCUCUGCUCCCCCCGCAGUGCCCCGAGGUUCGGCUCAACAUCAUCUCCAACCUGGACUGCGUCAACGAGGUGAUCGGCAUCCGGCAGCUCUCGCAGUCCCUGCUGCCGGCCAUCGUGGAGCUGGCCGAGGACGCCAAGUGGCGCGUGCGGCUGGCCAUCAUCGAGUACAUGCCCCUGCUGGCCGGGCAGCUGGGCGUGGAGUUCUUUGACGAGAAGCUGAACUCCCUGUCCAUGGCGUGGCUGGUGGAUCACGUCUACGCCAUCCGGGAGGCAGCCACCAGCAACCUGAAGAAACUGGUGGAGAAAUUCGGCAAAGAUUGGGCCCAUGCCACCAUCAUCCCCAAAGUGCUGGCCAUGUCCAACGACCCCAACUACCUGCACCGCAUGACCACGCUCUUCUGCAUCAACGUGCUUUCGGAGGUGUGCGGGCAGGAGAUCACCACCAAGCACAUGCUGCCCACUGUGCUGCGCAUGGCGGGCGACGCCGUGGCCAACGUCCGCUUCAACGUGGCCAAGUCCCUGCAGAAAAUAGGACCAAUCCUGGACAACAGCACCCUGCAGAACGAGGUGAAGCCGGUGCUGGAGAAGCUCACGCAGGACCAGGACGUUGACGUCAAAUACUUCGCACAGGAGGCCCUGACUGUGCUGGCACUGGCCUGACCCUCAGGACACGCCCCGUCGUCUCCCUGAUCUCCGGCCGCCGUCGGACCUUCGCUCCCCAACCCCCCAGCCUCUGUGCAUGUGUAUGAGCCCCUGUCGGGCGGGGGUGCCCGGCGGCCCAGCACUCCCCUCCUCACCCGAUCAGCCACCUGCUCGGCCAAGGCAUCGUGGCCCUUCCCCUCCAGCAGCUCCUCUCCUAUCUGGUCACCUCCUCCUGGGGGGGGUGCAGCACUCGGUCCCCCCCCACCCUCCUCCACUCAGACACUGCAGCCUGGGGGCAGCUCCCGGAGUCCUCCAUCCCUGUGCUCCUGCCCUCUGGUGCUGCACAUCCCUUCCCUGCAGCUUCACUCCCCUCCCCUUCCCCCCACCACAUGGGAGAGGGGGGCGGGUGGGGUAACAUCAGCUCUGCCCCCAGCUGGCCCUGGGCUGUACAAUGCCACCGCCGCCUGCUCUCCUCUGCGUUCCCUUCCUCCGGCAGCUUCCUCUCUCUCCUCCGCUGAAAUCUGCCUCCGUCUUGUCCCUGCAGCAUUAACCACCCCUGGACGCAGCCUGGCUGGCGUAGGCCCUGCCCCCCCCUUUUGGGAGCCCUGGGGGUGGGGCUAGUGAAUCCUGCUGGUCCCCCAGAAGCAGAACUCACCCCAGCCCCAGAGCCUCCCUGGGGCAGGUUUCCAGCAGCGAAGAGAGGGGCCCUGCCGCUGGAGAUGAGGUUUCUUUAACACCGCUCCGGUCAGUUUCACCCUGGGCUGGAGGCAUCUCCCUCGUCAGUUUCACCUUUGGGCCGGGCAGGUUCCCGCAGGCGGCUGUUUGCCUCUGGGGCUGGAGGCAUUUCUCAGCCCUGGGACACAGAGCUUUGAAAUCCAGCCUGCCCCGGCCAUCUCCCUGGUGCGAGAGGCUGAUCGGAGCCUGGCCCAGCUCCAGCGGCUCUGCUACCUUCCCAGAUCUGCCUGCCAGCCAGCCCUCAGCAGGUCUGAUCCCUGCCCUAAGCCCAGGGAGCUGCCCCCAGAGGGUGGAGCCAGGAGCUUGCAGGGGAGGGGAGGCUGUGACCUCGCUCUGUCAUGGAGCUAAAAUCUGCUUGGUGUUCAUCUCCUGGCCUCUGCAGGGGUAUGGAGCAGCCUUUCCCCCUACCCCCCAAUCCUUCAGGUACAGCUGAUGGGGCAGAAUCCCCUGGGUUCCUGCCUGGGGGCUUCCAUCCUCCCCCUGACCCUGCUGGAAGGUCCCGGGGUUGUGCCCCUCGCCGGGUAGGGCUGGGAAUCGGACCCAUCUAGUGCGGAAGGGGGUGUGACCUGUUGAAGUCAAGGAGUGUUUAGCUACCCCUGCUCCCACCCUGCCACCAAAUGCCUGAGCCCCAGCGGGACCCUCCCCUCCCCUCCUGCCCUGGUGGUCAUGCACUGAGCAAUGCCUGGAGGGUCCUCUGCCCCUUAACAAGCCCCACUCCCUCCUCACACCCUCAGUGAAAUGUCACUUUAAAUCCAAUGGGGUUUUUUUGUGUAAACUUGUUUUAUUAUUUUUUCUUCUCCAUGAUUAAAAAAAUGCUCGACCGUU